AUGGCUCCGAAGCGAAGCAGGAAGAUCCAGAAUGAGACUCAUAUCAUGGAAGGCGAGUUCGGGAAGUAUUUUUCUUCGAAUCUCGACAAUAAAAAGCUGGCUCUGCUGAAAGGUGCCUGCCAGAUCCCUCGUCGAGUGUCCUUGAUUACUCCAGGUCCGACAGAUUCUCCGGAGUCUCCACCUACCGGUCACACUUGCGCUUUUGAAAUUUUCUUUUCGGAAUGCGGGCUAUCUUUUCCGCUUCCCGGCCUUUUAGUCGAAUUGAUGCACGAGUUCGGAAUCGCACUUCCUCAACUAUGUCCAAAUGUAGUUAGGACCGUCCUGUGCCUCCAGACCCUCGCAGAGGAAAAUGGAUACCGUAUCACGCUAUCCGACAUACUCCAUCUUUAUACAGUAAAGAAGGGGCGAACUCCGGGGACGUUUUUCCUCAGUCCUCGGAGUAAAUUCAGAGUCUUCGGGGAUUUUCCCGAAAAGGACGAGCAAUGGAGAAUGUCCUACUUCUUCUUCGCUGUAGACGAAUUUUCUUAUGGUCCAAACACGGCUUAUUUCGUUCGUGAAUGGACUCGUCGUCCCGCUAAACCUCCGAAGAAAACGCUUUCUCAUACUUUUGCGGGACAAUUCGUAAAGAUUUGCAAUAGCAGCGACCUGUCGUGGGAAUUGUUCACUUGCGAACGCAUCCGGAGUUCGUGUGCUCGAAUUGUCUCGCGAUCCGACCUCAUUUCCUCCACUCCUCCCUCCUCCCCUACUGUCGCCACUAACAUGUCUCCACUUUCCUACCGCGAAGAGAAAAGGCUCCAAAAGGAAAGGGAAAAAGCGAGAGAAGCGAGAGAGAAAGAAGAUAAGGCCAGGAUGGUGAAGGCCUUGGAUGAAGGGAAGUCUAGAUCUUCAUCUGGUAAAGGGAAGAACUCGGGUACCGUAGAUCCGAUUUCCGAAUCGAAGACAUCUGAUCACCGUGAUCUGAAGAAGGUGUCUUCGGGAAAAGACCUAAUCCGGAUCUCGGAUUCUCGCUCCUCCCGAUCUUCUCGGGAAAAAGAAACUUCCGAAGGAGGUCAUAGUGCAACCUCCUCAAGGAAACGCAGGAACGAGGAAUCUGACGUUCCUUCCCUCCAACGCAAGAGUCGUUCUCGUCUGAACGACGAGAAAAAUCCUUCCGAGGAUGCUGGGACCAGUCUGGGGUCAAAACCAGAAGAAAAAGAAGAUCCACAACGGGCCCCGGAGUCCGACUUGCCAACUCAGCUUCUUGUCCUGCCUUCGCGGGUCUCUGAGAACCGGGGAUCCGUCCGUCAGGAGAUUCCGAUCCCCACUGCUCCUCCGAAGUCACCAGCUGAUUUCAUGAGGAACUUUACUCCUGUUGGGAUGAGGAUUCAUCCCUUUAGUGACUUGAAGGAGGUCAACAGAGCGAACUACUUUCGCUUCGCUGAUAAACUCGGAGAGUUAAUGCUCGAGUACAACACCACCUUCUCCUGCCACGAGUCCCAGCUCUUUCCUGUUAACGAGCUGGAUGGUCUCAGGGCCCGGGUCGCCGAACUUGAAGAAGAAGUUCGUCAACUCAAGGAGAUGGAGGAAGAAAAUGCCAGGGCGGUGGCAAAGGCAAACGAGAUCCGGGAGCGAAUGCUGGAGGCCGAAGGUCGCUGCAACCUUCUUGACAUUGCCAAGACUGAUCUUUCCGAGAAGCUGAAGAUCGGGAAGAACCUGUAUCUCGAGGCAUGUGAAAAGAUUACCUCGCUGGAAGCUGAAGUUAAGCGAAGCGAGGAAUGGUGCAAGAUCGCUGCUGAGAAACGGGACGAGGAGCUCGCAGCAGCAAAAAAAGAUGAAAGGUUGAGGCUUCGUGAACUCUAUAGCGGACUCGCCUCGAAGCAUGAGACCUACUACCAGGCCAUCAGUGAUAAUGAGAUGAUUGGGACGCGUCUUGCCGAAACUCGGGCGAACCGAGAGCUUCUUGAGGAGAUUCUGAAGGGAGAGAUUCCGGACUUAAAAGCCGAACUAGAGUCGGUAAAGAAAGACGAGGAAGAGGCUGAGAAGAAAGCUCGCGAGGUAAGCGCUCUCAGACCUCAACCAAAUGAGUUCGCUCAUCUCUUUGUUGCGACUCCCCCAGAGCCCGUGCAAGAGACAUCUCUUCCCGAAGAUGAUGUCGCCAUUGAUGAGUUCGGAACUAAUAAAGGUUUCAUGACUGGCCAGGACUUCGAAGCCGCCGUUCUGCCCGAGGAGAUGCAGCAAGAUCCCGACGUCAAGGGUCAAUGAUCUGGUUCCGGGGUUGUGAUGGCUAGUGCCCCCCUUUGUUGUUUUUAUUUUUUAAACCCAAAACCUAUUUAUCGUUUUUUUUGAAGACUUGAAUAUUUCCCCUCUAUUUUUAUAUAAGUCCUUUUGAACUUUAAAUCCGGAGUAUUCGAG